CAUAGUGGGCAGUGGCAAAACCAAAAAAGAAAAAGAUCAGAAAAUUCCCAUUAGGUCCCAUACUCAUUGUGCGGAAAGCCAUUCUUGCAAAAACAACAAAAUCUACUAUUCUCUCUCUUCCUCUUCCUUCUCCCUGCGACCGCCUCGAAUCGCAAUCCCUGCAACUCCUUCACUCUCAGAUUCUCCUCCUUCCUCUCCCGAUUGUUUGCGCUCCGCCGCCGCUGAAACCUGCGCAAGAUCCCCGCGGCGCUUCCGCGGGAUAUCUCUAGGGUUUUCUGAUCUUUCGUUCCUUUCCUUCUUCCAGGACGUCUUUUUUCAAUUGCGUGCACUCUGUGUAGCGUCCACGAGCCGUCAUGGCUCCCGGGCGUCGACGCGGAGCAAACAAAGCGAAGGCAAAUGGCCACUUGAGUUUGGGCGAUCUUGUGCUUGCUAAGGUCAAGGGCUUCCCCGCUUGGCCUGCUAAGAUAAGCAGGCCUGAGGAUUGGGAGAAAAUCCCUGAUCCAAAGAAAUAUUUUGUUCAAUUCUUUGGUACAAAAGAAAUUGCUUUUGUUGCCCCAGCAGAUAUUCAGGCAUUUACCAGUGAGGCUAAAAAUAAGCUGUCAGCUCGUCUUCAAGGCAAGACUAAGUACUUUGCCCAAGCUGUGAAGGAAAUAUGUGCAGCAUUUGAUGAGAUGCAGAAACAGAAGGCUAGUGGUUUGACAGAUGACACUGACGAUUCUCGCAUUGGUUCAGAGGCUCCUUCUAAUGAUGGGGUAGUAGUUAACCUUAAGGAUGCAAUUGACACUAUGUUAUCAAAUGCAGAACAAGAUAACGUAGAUAUGGAGAAUAUUGGUUCUAAUCUUGAGCACUGUACACCUAGAGUAGGGCAAAAUGACAGCCAAGAUGAAGAACAUUCUGUAUCUGACCAUCCAAACGAAAGUUCUUCUGUCUCAUCACCAGUGAUCAAAAGUAAAUUAUCCAUGGGUUCAGAGCCAAAGAAGAAUGGUAACAAAUCAAGUCUUAAAGUUGCAAGUAAUGUUAAUGAUUUUGGGCAAAAUGAUAACAGACACGGUGGUUUAGCAAAUGGGACCAAGCCAAGAAAGCUUGUCAAUGGUUCCCGAAAGAGAAGUGAAGCUGCAGGUGAUAGAGAUAGAAAUGGUGGAUCAUCUACUGGAAUUUUUAAGGUGGAAAAUUGUACUGAUCGUGGUGACCUUUCUAGGUCCAGAGAAACAAUGAAAGCUGGGAAGAAAAGGAAAAAUGCAUUUGAUGUUAAAUUGGAUUCUCCAGAUACUUUUAAAUCAGACAACAAUGAUAAUGCCGGGGAAAAAGAUAGCAGUAUGAUAAAAGUCAAAACAAGUCUUGAGGUAAAAAAUGAGUUGCCUGAGUUCUCGGUUGAUUCCAAGGAUGCCGAUGGUAAAAGUUCUAGUUUGCGGAAGAAGAUGCAACUUCAUUCAACCUAUACAUUAGGGGCAAAUGAAUCUUUACAUGCUACCAAGAAGUUGAAGCGCAUGGAUACCAAAGAUGAUUCAACUUUGGGAUAUCCUUCAAAAGUUCUGAAAAGAGCUUCACCUGGUUCUACAGUUAUUGAAGAGAGACUAUUUAAAAAGUCAGAAUUGAAGAAGUCUACACCAAAUUUGAAAACAGAAAAAAGCUUGUCAUCAAGGGGUAAAAUUAGUGGUGCAGUUUCUGAUGAUUCUGUCCAUGAGCUGCUAGCAGCGACUAGACAUCAUAUCCAGGUUCAAAAAGUUACGCCUGAUUCUUCAGUCAUUGCAUCUGAGGAAAAGAAAGAAAGGAAUUAUCUCAGACUGAAAGGUGAUACAAGUAAUGUUAUGAUAAAACAAGUAGAGAGGAAACGUAGAGCUGUUUGUCUUUUUGAUGAUGAUGAUGACGAACCUAAAACUCCUGUUCAUGGAGGAGCUGGAAAAAAUGUUAAAUCAUCUUCUGUUUCUGAUGCCAAGAAGAGCAACAAUGCACACUCAGAGAAGUCAGAUGUUGUUCCGCUUGCUCAAGGAAGUUCUAGUGAGCGUGAGGAUACCCAUUUGAAAGAGCCAUCAUCUCAAUUAUAUAAUGACAGUUUGUCAACCAAGCAGCCUCUAAAAGAGAAAGAUAGAGAGAAACAUGACGAAGUUAUUCCUGUGCAUAUUCCUCAUAGUCCUGAAAAUUUAGAUUUGAAGCAGCUUCCCUCCAAUGCAGCAAAAUUGAGCUCUACCUCCCCACUAAAAUCACCUCAAUUGGUACCUGCAAGUAAGUCAAGUGCUGAGCGGAUUAAAGCUUCAAAGCUGUCACUUAAAGUUUCCAAUAAUGGUACUACUCAUAAGAGGGUUGAUCAUGGGCUUUCAAAGUAUUCACAUAACCUGAGCUCUUCUCAGAAUCAAGUUGCUACACAUAAAAAGAAGCCUUCAUUGUCGGCGGAAAUUUCUAAAAGUACACCUGAGAUAUUGCCUCAGGCAGUUGAAGUUCCUGUUUCAACAAUUGGUUUUAAGGAUACUGAUGCUCUACAUGUUGAUAGAUUGGAGGUAAGCACAGAAGGGAAAGGUACUAUGAAGCAUCUUAUUGCUGCUGCCCUGGCGAAAAGGAAACAGGCUCAUUCACAGUUUCCUCCCUCUGGCUUUCCCAGUGUUCAGGGGGGAACUCCUAGCCCGUCUACAGUUCAGCCAUUUCUGUCUGUCUCGAGCAAUUUUCUGCAUGCAGACAUGCAAGGAGUUUAUGAGCACACAUCGUUGGCUUCUCCACCAGCUAAAGAACAUCCUUCUGCUUCUCAUAAUCAACUUGAUGCUGAUGAAAUUGAGGAUAGAAGAGUUGAUUCAGGGCAAAGGGGUCCAGGUGGCUCACUGAGUGGUGGUACUGAGGCUGCUGUUGCUCGGGAUGCAUUUGAAGGAAUGAUUGAAACAUUGUCAAGGACCAAGGAAAGUAUUGGUCGUGCAACUCGACUUGCCAUUGACUGUGCCAAGUAUGGCAUUGCUAACGAGGUUGUUGAACUUCUUAUUCGAAAGCUGGAAAGUGAAACUAGUUUUCAUCGUAAAGUGGAUUUGUUUUUUCUUGUUGAUUCUAUCACCCAGUGCUCACAUAAUCAAAAAGGCAUUGCAGGAGCAUCCUACAUUCCCACUGUUCAGGCAGCAUUGCCACGUCUUCUUGGUGCUGCUGCUCCCCCUGGAGCUAGUGCCCGUGAAAAUCGUCGUCAGUGUCUCAAGGUUUUGAAGCUGUGGCUUGAGAGGAAAAUUUUUCCUGAAUCAGUUCUUCGUAGUUAUGUGGAUGAUAUUGGAAUUUCAAAUGAUGAUAUUACAGUUAGCUUUUCUCUUAGACGUCCAUCUCGGGCAGAACGAGCUGUGGAUGACCCUAUUAGAGAAAUGGAAGGCAUGCUUGUUGAUGAGUAUGGAAGUAAUGAAACAUUUCAGUUGUCUGGCUUUUUAUCCCCACAUGCAUUUGAAGAAGAUGAAGACGAAUAUGAAGAUGAUAUACCAAUCAAAUUGUGUAAGGAUACAUUUGAUGCAUCUCCAGCAGAUCCCACCCAUGCCCUUGGAGAAUCAGAAACCUCUACUAUUACCUCAAAUGACAAGCGUCAUUGUAUCUAAGAUGUGGAUCGUGAGCUGGAAAUGGAAGAUGUUUCAGGUCAUCCCAAGGAUGAAAAGCCAACAUUUUUUAACAGUUCUGAUGAAAUUGAUUUGCAACUUCAGGUGUCAGAUAGCAAUUUGGAGCUGACUCCAAGCAUUUCAAACGAAAUGUCAGCUACUCCUGAGGGUUCUCCUCCUUUGCCACUUGAUUCACCUCCUCCACCCCCACCUUUGCCUUCAUCACCACCGCCCCCUCCUCCUCCAUUAUCACCAUCUCCUCCCCCACCCCCACCACCUCCAAUGUUGCAACCCCCACCUCCUCCUUUACCACCAUCAGCCCCUCCAGUGUCCUUGGUGCCUCAAUCGUCGGGACCAGCUCGGCCACUUCUGUCCCAACCAUUAAUGCCAUCUCAGUCAUCACAUCAGUCAUCCCCACAGUUGGGGUAUCAGCAGAGUGUACCUCAUGACUUUAGUGGCACUAAUAAUGGUAACCAAAUAGUUCCAAUGGCUGGGAAUUCGUUUCCUGGAGGUCACAAUAAUGCAGCUGUCAAGAAUGAAAUAUUUCCACAGCCUCCUGCUUAUGCUCCAACAGCAGGUUGCAGCUCCCAGGAACCUUCUGGUUUUAACCCUUCAAGGCAAUUAGAGUACGGACAAAAUGAUAUGUAUCUAAAUGCUCAAGUUCCUCAACCUAACCAUCAAUUUCAGCAGGGCAAUCCCCCAUAUGCACAAAGGCACACACAUCCUGCCCCACCCCAAAAUCCACCAAAUCCGUACCCAUAUUCAAAUCCUACAGUUCAGCAACAUCUUCCACAUUCAUUCCAUCCUCCCUUCCCUCUACCAUCUCUUCCUGAUGGCAGGAGACAAUUUGUUGCUGAUGAGCAAUGGCGAAUGCCAUCGAGUGAAUAUAAAACAAACAAUCAACAUAGUGUAUGGAGAGGGAGAAAUCCAUCAUGUCCUGGUCCACCCUAUGGGCAAGAAGGUCAUUUUCAGCCACCAUUUGAAAGGACACCAGUAACCACUGUAGGUUUUCAGCGGCCAAUUUCAAGCAACCUACCUGUUGCUCCAAUCUCAGGACACGUUGUACCUCAGAUGAUGCCUUGUAGGCCGGACAUUCCUUCUGUUAAUUGUUGGAGACCCACUUGAAGUUGAAUGGAGUCUUCUUAUUAGUUUUAGUGGUGUUGCUGGUGGAUCAACAUGAAAGGUUAAAUUGUGCCACAAAGUUAGAUUCGCCUGUGUAGUACAUACAACUUACCCAUGAAGAAAUUUUGAAAACUUGAGGAGGCUUUUGACAGGAUUGUGUAUAUUGUAAUUUUUCCUGACAAUGUAUCCCAGGAACAUUUACUUCCAAGUUUAGCCCAUGUUUUUCACUUGCGAUUUCAGGUUUUGUUAAUGCCAAAGAAGAUGGUGAUCAUUUUUUCAUGUUUUGAAUGUGAUAACUGAACAAAGAUUACAGUGAAACUUCUCAUAAAGACUGCUGAUAAUUGAGUGUCUACAGAAAGUUGCAAGUCUAAGGGGACGGUCUCAAAUUCGCCGCACAGAAAAGAGGGUGUUUAGGCAUGUUUCAUAGCCGCAAUGUUUUAAAAGAUUCAAGCAACCCAAAUUUGAGGGCAAAACCUGUAUUUGGGAGCUAGGAAACCAUUACAAGAAGAGUUGUGGACCUUCAUCAAAAAAUAUUUACGGUAAAAAUAUCUACAUUUAAACUAUGGUAAGGUGCAAUUUUUUUAUUCAAUUUUACUCACUCUUCUAAUGAUUUGUCAUAUCUAUUUAACUUCAUAUUUUAGAAAUUAUUUACUUCCUAUUUACCAAACAUUGUUUAAUCGCGUGUACUAAUUUUAAUUUUGUCUUAACGCUGAUACACUAGAAACUGAUGAACAUGAAGAAUUUUUAUAUUUAAUCGUUAUUGUUUGGUAAUUCUAACGUUUUAGCAUAGCUAACGAAAAAAGUUAGAAGCAUCAAAUAAAAAUCCAAAAAAAGUAACCCUUGCGGAUUUGUUCAUUUAUUUAUAUCCUGCUUCGGAACGAUUUCGUAAGAUUAUUGCAACUAUGUAAUCUUCUGCUUGUAGAACAAGCAAAACAAAUCGGGUGGAAAAUUUCCUGAACUUAUCUGCUUACCCAUUUUUAAGAUAACAUUAAUUGUGCCAUGCUAGAGCAUUUUAAAGGAAGUUUCUUAUUAAUAAAGCUUUAUUUUACUGUGAAUCUUACAUACACGAUAUCAUUAGAAUUGAAGAGACUUGUUUAUAAUUUUUUUUUAAGUUUUAUGAAGCUCGUAUUUGUAGAACCUAGAUUAAAAUAACGUUUUCAUUGAUAAGAAACUUCCAUUGCAAAUGUUCUAAGAGAUUAGUAAAUGUAAUAUUAAUAUAUUUCUCUAACAUUUUUUACCUCAACCCAUUGCUGUGAAAGCCAAAGGUCUGAGAACCUUAGAAAGGGCAACAGAACUGGUUUGAUCACUAACUACAUAUACUAAUCAAAUGCAGUUGUAAUCCUUUUGCUAGCCAUCAAAGAUAAGUUUUGCAAUGGCCGCAGCUGAAAAUGGUAUGUAAAACUGGUUUUAAACUGCACAUUGAGGUUGGCCCAACCGAUGAUUUUGGCAUGACGAGUUUCAUAAUUUGCUUCCAUUAUACUAAAUAGCACUGUGCUUAAACCACCUGUUUGGAAUAAGAUGACAACGAUAAUCGGCUAGAAGAUUUCUGCCUCUGAGCUAGGCCAUUAGCCGAUCUUGUAGAAAACCCACCAUUGCUACUACUAUCCUGCUUCAAGAGCAACUCUGGAAUACGCUGAAGAUUAACUUCAGAUUUAUGAUUCCUCCGGAUAAGUGUAGCAUUCCUUUUAUCAAGGUUACUUUUCCUAUGUGCUACACCUGCCAUAAUAUCAGACCUCUCAUGACUAUCAGUGGCCAAACUAAGAGCAUUUCGAUGGUGACCAAGAGUUUUGCCGGACAUUGCUCCGUAAUGACCUGGCAAAGAGCGCCGGACUGAGGAGAGCUUAUGCUCGGAGGACUUCCUUCUCAGCGGCUGGAAUGAUUCAAACAGUUCGUAGCUUGUAUUAUCAGCUGGACUAUUCUCUGUGUCAUCUUGUCUGCAGGAAUAACAAUGUUUAUGCUCAUCACUGAAUUAAAUGUUCAUUAGAAGUAAUA